GAGUGCCCGCGCUCCCGGUUCUAAGGGAGCCCGGCUCCCCCAGCGCCGUAUUAGCGCAGGGCCGCGCGUGCCGCCUCUCCCCGCCGGCCGCACGCGGGCACCCGUUUCCCGCCCCCGUAUUUAAAUCGCUUGGCGCGUGCGCGGCCGUUGAACGGUCGGAGCCGGCCCGCUGCCGGAGCUGACGGCCCCGAUUGCCGGCUCCCGCUCCCUUCUGCUCCCGCCGUGCUGAUGCUCAGAAAUGACUACCCCAAACAAGACACCACCUGGUGCUGAUCCAAAGCAGUUAGAGAGGACGGGUACUGUAAGAGAAAUAGGCUCACAAGCAGUUUGGUCGCUUUCAUCUUGUAAACCAGGAUUUGGAGUGGAUCAGUUACGAGAUGAUAAUCUAGAAACUUACUGGCAGUCGGAUGGAUCGCAGCCUCAUCUGGUGAACAUCCAAUUUAGAAGAAAAACAACAGUGAAGACAUUAUGUAUCUAUGCAGACUACAAGUCUGAUGAAAGCUACACUCCAAGCAAAAUCUCUGUCAGAGUGGGAAAUAAUUUUCAUAAUCUCCAGGAAAUCCGGAAUGGAUGUGGCCUUUCCUGCCAUGGACGUGGUGUCAUGGAGCAGCAAGAUCCAUCACUAAGGAAAUGGUUUUUCACCAGUCAAAAAAUACAGGGGCUUAGCUGUGGCUUUCCAAGCCCCACUGACCUUUGGGGAAACAAGGAUACUGGCUGUGGAUUUGAUUUACCCGAGUGAGGAGGGUGAGGGGGUGAAAACUGGCAGACACUAGUUUUUCUAGGCUGUUCCCUAACACUUGCUACCUUUGGAUUUGUCUGUUGCUUCAGACUUUUGAAAUAACAUUUGGAUCUGCACUGUAUGUGUAGGGCUUUAUAGUGAUUCAGUGACCUACAAGCAACUGUAGGGGCAGACUUGUAUGGCUUGUUAUCUUACUGAUUUAUUUAUACAUACACACACAUGUUUUUUAAAUGACACCAUUGGCUUCUUGCUCUUUCCCUCAAAAAGUCACUGUCCUGUCAUAGCCUGCAAGACAGCUAUAGGGGAGGAAAUUAUCUGUAAUGUAAGCUGCCAACAUUUUGCAUUUCCUUUCUUUUCAUCUGAAAUUCUAUUUGGUUAGACCUUAAAGCAUUCAAGAUUUUGCUGCAUUCAUUAGUAUACCUAAACAAUGACUUGAUAAACGGACUCAAUAAUGCUUAGUUACAUCUUCAGCUAGGCUCCUAUGAUGUGUGCAAUACUAUUUGCAUUUAUAAUACACAAUUAAGCAUUCAAAUUGUAAAGGAAAGGCAUUCAUUUUCUUCACAGAAGAACUUGAAAUUAUUACCUUAAAGGUGCUAACUUCCUUCUAACAUGACUCCUCAUGAAAGAUGAUAACAAUUCCAAAAAUAAUGGGUACUUCUAGUUUAAGUAAGUACUACUUUUCUUAUGUAGUUUGAUAUAAAAAAAAAAAAGAAAAAAGUCGCUUCUCCUUCACUCUACCAAAGUGACUCAAGUCCAUUAAUCUCUUAGCUCUUCUGGUAUGCUGUCUCUGAGCUGUUACAAUCAUUGAGAGUCUAACUUGUAGAAAUUCACAAAUUUUGUACAGAUGUCAAAAUUCAAAAGUCUUUAGUGAAUUACUCCCUCUUUCAUAUUUUCUCAGGGUAUUCAGUUAGCACAGAAGUAAUGAAUAUUACAUAAAUUAAUGUUGUUGCAAUUCAGCUGUAGGGGUUGAGAUUCAAUGCCAGUGAGAUAGAUCAAGGUUUUAAAAAAUAUCUGCUGUAAAUUGAAAACAAGUGGUUGAAAGUAUUUUGCAGAUCUCUCUCCCACAGAUUGUAUAUUCCAUUUUCCAAACUAAAUCUAAGAGAGAAUAUUACUUUAUUGAGAUUUAUGGAAUAAUUUCUUUUAAAAUUCCAGCAAUAUGAGAAUGCACUGACAAUGACCAAAAAUAAGUGUCAGCUACUAAGUGGUUUCAUCUUUUGAAGGGUUUUUUCUCAGUAAUGGGAAAAAAGUUCUGACAGUUUUUUAAAACAAGAAUUAUAUGCAAACUUAAAUUAGGGACAGAUCAUUUUGUCCAAUUUUAACUGGCUUACCAGUGAUAAAAUGGGAUAAAAUGGGUGGAAAACACGAUAAUAUAGCAGUCAUCCAUCAGAGGAAGUGUUCCUCCCUCAAUUCAACAUGCUGAUCCUGUCUAAAGAAUAGGACUUAAGAGCUUGUGAGAAAAUGGGUGUAAGAAGUUAUAAAAGAAAAUUGUUCUGUGGCAUUUGGGGGAAGUACAUGUAGACACAGCAGUAGGUCUGUAUUAAAUACAAAAGUGUGUGUGUUUUUCAAUUCUGAAUCUUUUUUAAGACAAAUAAAUUACCUGUUUUCUGUAUGGCAUGGUACAUGGGAUAUAACACCAGAAGGACUCAUAUAGCAAUGAUGGACGUGAAGGUAUAAAACUCCCAAAGACAGCAGGUAAUGCUUUUGUGUUCUUUUAUGUGCUCCCUGGACUAUGUGUUCACUGAAGUAUUCUAGGACCUCGUUACAGAAUUUGGGGUGUCCAAGAGCUUAAAGGGAUGAUGACUCAUGGAACCUUACUGGACUGUUAAGCCUCCUCCCAUUAAAGAAAAACAUGUGGUUGAAACUGUGUUGGCUAAAAACCAUGGAAUUUUCUGCGUAACGUUAUUCCUUCUUUGCCAUUUUGUGUUGGAUAUCAUGAUCUGCCUGUUAUAUUCCAGCAAACGCAAUAAUUUCAUUUUAA